CAUAUUUCAACGGUGUACCAUGUACGAAUACAACGCAAUACAGAACAGUACACUAAAUCAUUGCACUGGCUCAGUGCCUGAGUGUGUAAUUUUCUGAUUAGAAUUUUCAAUAUAUUCGUGCGCGUUGUUGUCUGUAUCAAAGGCCCAUAAUAUAUUAGUUUAUUAACAUUUCUGAAACAUUGUAGAGCGUUUCUUGCUUAUACCAGUGAGUUGUUCUCUAAUAACAACUCCCUGCUUAUACACUUCUGAUACUACUCCAUCUUCCGCAUCAACAUGUACAGGAAAAUACCGAGGGUAUCGCGUGUCAUCGUUACCACCGCCUGCUUGUGCUAUUUCCGUCUGAGCCUAUGGAAUAUAUCAUUGGUUGUUGCUGAUAUCUCAAAGCCAAUAUCAUGUUCAUUUGAAAGUGAAGAUAACCCAUUAUGUCAAUGGCAACAGGCUUCCAAUGACAUCUUUGAUUGGACACUUCAUAGUGGCCUAACACAAUCCGCAAAUACUGGACCGCAAUUUGGAGAUCAAACUACGCAGUCCUCAUCUGGUCAUUACCUGUAUACCGAGGUAUCAUCAAGAGACGAUGGGGCAAAUGCACGUAUCAUCAGUCCUCUUAUUGACCCCUUUGACAAUUCAUGCGCUAUGACAUUUUACUACAAUAUGUAUGGAACAGGUAUAGGAACUUUACGUGUUUACAAAGUGCCAUGGGAAGAUGGAAUUUAUGGCGGAGAAAGUAAAGUAUUUGAAAAGUCUGGGAACCAGGGAACUGCCUGGCAUAAAGAAACAGUUAUCUUUGGGAUCACCUACAAAUUCCAGGUGAUUAUUGAAGGGGUACGAAACACUUCAUCCUUUGGAGACAUUGCAAUUGAUGACACUUCUUUUUCGAACUCGUGUGAAAAAUUUUAUCAUGGUAGUCUACGAAUUGUUCCACAAUCUGGUACAGAUACCAACCAAGGACGACUUGACAUCUAUCUCAAUGGUGUUUGGGGAUCAAUUUGCAAUCGUAACUUUAACACUGCUACAGACGGUGUGGUAGCCUGCAUACAGUUGGGUUACCGUAAAGCUAGUUCAUCAAUAUACACGGUUUCUGCUAGCACACCUCCGAUCCUCGAUAAUGUACAAUGCUAUGGCAAUGAGACAGGACUGUUGGAUUGUGGGAAUGAUGACAUUGGGAUAAUUGAUGCUAGCUGUAAUGCUAAUAGAGUGGUUAACAUUUGGUGCAGCGAUAUAAUUGAUAUUUGUGAAGAUGUUGGGCCUGAUGCCUUUCACUGUGAUAAUGUACAUUGUGUACCCUCUAGUGAAAAAUGUGAUUUUUCAAAUAACUGUGGAGACAAUUCUGAUGAAGCUUCAUCAAUAUGUGAUGUGUACCCUGGUAGAGCAAACUUCCAAUUUGAUUUUGGUGAAUGGUCCCAACCAGAAACGAAUGGUGUUGAUUGGUCAAGAAGUAGGGGUCUGGAAGGCUCCGGGGGACCACCUAAAGACCACAAGAAUAAGAUAGAUGACUACUACCUUGUUGUUGCCGGCUCCAAUGUAGGGAAGAAAGCACAGCUUUGCUUAGACAUGCCAUUUGAGGCAAACCCUACAAACUGCUCUAUCCGAUUCUAUUACUAUCGGAACUAUAAGGAUACUGGUACGAUAGAUAUGAUUCAACGAACAUCAAGCCCAACAGAGGUAUGGUCUGUUGCGUCUGAAUACCAGUCCAGUAGUCAGUGGAAAUAUGAGGAGCUGGUAAUCACUUCCUCUGAAUCAUUUCACAUCUGCUUUGAGGCCACUAUUUCCAGUUUGGGAUAUGGCUAUCUUGGCCUAGAUGAUAUAUCGCUUACUCCAGGAUGUGUUAUCGGUGCUGGAGAGUGUGAAUUGACAGGCCCAACAUUUAUUUGUGAUGAUGGUUUAUGCAUCCAUGAAGAGUAUCUGUGCGACCAUGUUCAUCACUGCCUAGAUGCAUCAGAUGAAAAUUCUACUGUAUGCGAAGAUCGAGUUGGCUACUGCACUUUUCAAGACAGCUUUUGUGAUUGGCAGCAAGUUUCCUCGGAUAACUUGAAUUGGAUAAGACUGAAUGGUGACACACCAACAUCCAACCCUGGUCCAUCAGUUGACCACACAUUUGAAAAUCACUUUGGUUACUAUGCAUAUUUGGAGGUAUCUUCCCAGGUUACUGGACACUAUGCUGACUUGGUUAGUCCAUGGCUGACUAUAAAUGAUACUUGCAAGCUGCGUGUAUUCUACCAUAUCUAUGGCAGCGACGUUGGGAGCCUUAAAAUUGGAACAAUGACAAGGUCCUCUGGGUUCCUGUCAUUGUUCACAGAAACAAGAAGUAGAGAUGAAUGGAAAGGUUCAACAGUAAAUGCUGGCCUCAGUGUACAUAUAGGCACUGAGUUUCAGUUUGUGAUUAGGGCUACUGUGGGGACAGGUAAUGAAGGGGAUAUUGCCAUUGACGAUCUCUCCUUGUCUGAAGGCUGUCUUCAAGUACCAGAUACAACUACCAUUUCUUUGCCUGUUUCUACCCAUGAGUCUUUGUCAGAUGUAUCAACUACUGUUCAAUUGCUAAUUUCUACACCUAAAUCACGUUCCACUGCCAUUUCAUCGAAAAGCACUUCUACAGUUGAAAAUUUGUCAGUGACCACUAAGAGUAUGUCUCCUUUGCCUCCAGAUACAACUACCAUUUCUUUGCCUGUUUCUACCGAUGAACCUUUGUCAGAUGUAUCAACUACUGUUCCAUUGCUAAUUUCUACACCUAAAUCAAGUUCCACUACCAUUUCAUCGAAAAGCACUUCUACAGUUGAGCAUUUGUCAGUGGCCACUAAGAGUACAACUACCAUUUCUUUGCCUGUUUCUACCGAUGAACCUUUGUCAGAUGUAUCAACUACUGUUCCAUUGCUAAUUUCUACACCUAAAUCACGUUCCACUACCAUUUCAUCGAAAAGCACUUCUACAGAUGAGCAUUUGUCAGUGGCCACUAAAAACACUCCUCUGCCUCCUGUUUCAUCUCCAAACAGUUUGUCGCCACAUUCUACACUGUUGAGUUCUUCCACUCAAGACCACCCAGUAACAAGAAUGACAUCAGAGACAUGUAACCUUAAAGUACAACAGACCUCUACUUCUUGUGAUAAUGGUUAUGCAGAAACCUGUUCUGACAACAAGAUGAUGAUCUCGGUGAAAGAUUGGGUUAAAAAAGAAUGCACCUGGGAAAUCAAAGCCGAUAAACAACAUGGAAUUUCAUUAAAGGUUAAAGGACUAACAAUACUGAAGCACAUGACAGGGAAAAUCCAAAGUAGAAUGCAGACAACAAAGCAACGUCUGGCUGUGACAAUGAUGUCAUAAUUGAAAGGUGCCCAGACAAGAGCAAUUGAACGGUCCACAGCAACAGCAGCUAAUGUCAGUACAGAGGUGUUUGCUAAAGUGCAGUAAACGGUGAAGAAGCUCGCCCUUGUGUGUAUCUGGGUUGGAUCUGAAGUAUGGUAAUUCAAAAUGAAAUGAAUAGCUAAAAAGCUAUUUGCCAGAACAUCAGUCAUCGCUAAAGAAAAUAUAAAAAUAUUCUGCUUUUUCCAUAAUCUUUGUGUGGUGGCAAUGAUAAAUGUGACAAUGAAAUUUACAAAUGCUACCAAAAUUGAAAAUGGAACAAUGAUCAAUAUAAGUUCAUUUACAUGCAGACUUCUUCCGUUGAUAGCAGUGAUGUUUAAAUCAGAGGUGUUCAUUCUGGCUUCAAAGUGUUCUUUGAGGUAGACGUUGCUGGUGUUUUCUUACUUUCCUCCAAUCUUUUCUCCUGUCAUGUUUACUUUGCGACAUCAGCAAUAUACUAAUAAUCUUUCUUUAUUGUAGUUUGAUAUCCCAUUCUUUCCAAAUCAUACAGUACAUGUGGUAGCUGAGUGCAAUAAUAGUAGAUUUUUAUUAUGUAAAAUUUCAAUAUUAAGUUAAUACUCAUUAUCACUAUUUUUAGUGUCCAUUGAAGAAUUGAUGUAUAUACACAACAUGGUGUCAUAUUAUAUACAUGUUUGAAAUAAGAAACAACCUCACAGUAUCUCAUUUCAAAUGUAUAUAUAUUACAGUAGCUCAUAUGGGGAAACAUAAUACUGGUGUUUGCCAUUAAUUCAAUCUGAUAUUGUCAUUGUACAAAAUUUAAGCUUCCUUUCAAUAUUGUAAACAUAAUUUGUAUGUAACUUAAUAAGAGUUGACUCAGAUUUUGUAUUUAAGAAUACGUACAUGACUCUAUGUGUUCAUUUCCAAUGUGUUAAUAGGUAGUUUAUGGAGUAAUUGUCUUCUAAUCUAAUACGCCAUCUUCAAUUAUUCAUAUUAAUUGUUGCUUGUUCAACGUUGAUCAAGUUAUUUUGUGUCAUAAAUUCAUUGGUUUGACAAACAUCCAAAAUACAAGACUCAAAAAACCUGAGUUGGUUUGGUUUGGUUUGGUUUGGUGUAGAAAAAAGUCACUGAGGUAUAAGAGGUAUUGACAUGGGAGGUGGGGGAAGAGGGGAGACUGAUAAGUGUAAAGGUUAAAUAAAGUGGGGGCAU